AUGGCGGCGCUAGGGCUGGCGCAUCUGCUGGUGGGGCGCUCGCACGAGUGCAAGUUCCUGCCGUCGCUGCUCGCGCUGCCGUGCGUGUCGUCGCCCGCGCUGGGGCCGGAUAUCGAGCAGCAGAGCUGUGCGACGGUGCACGACAAGCUCAUGGAGCUGGUCGCCACUGGGCGGGGGGUGACAGAGGAGGAGGCGGCAGCAUCGUGUGUGGCGCUGCGGCAUGCACUGCAGCAGCAGCUGAGGCAGGAAGGUGCUGAGGCAUUCAUUGCCCCUGCUGCCACCGGCUUCCCUCCACCCAUCCAUCAAGGCACAGCAGGAGAUCCCAUCAUUUCCAUCCCCUGGAGCCAUGCUGGCCUGCCCACUGUCACCGUGCCCGUCGCCCUCACACCUGCUGCUGCUGGUUCACCUGGGAGUGCUGCUGCUGGCAGCUGCACACACGAGGGUGGCACUGGUACUGCUGAUGAGAGCAAAGGGGAGAGUAAAAAGGAUUAUCUUCCCGUGGGAGUCACGCUUAUUGGGAUGUGGAAUGAGGAUGAGAGACUCCUCCACGUUGCAACGGAGCUUGAACACUUAUGUGAUCGCACUUCACCAUUGUCAAUCUAG